GUCCAUGGAGGAGAAACGAGCAAGCAGCAAUAGCCUUCUCAGCAAACCUGUACUGCACAAACAUAUAUAUAUUCCCAACUAGCUACGCAUCCCUCUCAAAACAAGAUGUCGACGGUGAAGGUCGGUAUGUUUGGCGGAUCAAACGGUGAUGUCUGCGACAUCACUGGAUUGUCAAGUUUUCCGCCGUCAAGCCUGAGGAGCAUGGAGAUUUGGAGCACACCGGGCCACGAAGGGAUCAUUAACGCCAUACGUUUCACCUUCGUCGACAGCAAAAACAAUGUGAUCCCAGUAGGUACAUGGGGCACCCCGCUCCGUGGUCAGAAAAGCCAGACUAUUCACUUGACAAAUGUGCGUGUCAUCGAGCUGUCCGGCUACACGAAUGGCAGAUACAUCACCUCACUCUCCUUCCGCACCACCGACGCCCCAAGGCAUCAUGGGCCAUUCGGGAAAGUGAGGCCAGCAACUGGGUCCGACACUCAGUUCCGCGUCCCUCUCAUGCAUGGCUCUAUCGUCGCCUUCUGCGCCCAAGCCGAUGACUACCUCAGCGCCAUUGGUGCCUAUCUCAAGCUUUGAACCAUCAUAUGCAUAUAUACCCAGCCUAGCUGGUUACUUUUUAUAUAUGUAUGUGUACUGUGUGUUGUUCAAUAACACCGUGGCCCCGUACAUCGGUCACUGUGCAAGCUACCCAGCGCUGGUAUCUAUACGUGUAUGUGUGCAUGUGCUUGGUCGUGUGAUGUUUAAUAUGAUGUGUGUGAUGUUUGAUGUAUUGGUUAAGCUUGUAAUAAAAAGUAUCGGAAACUAAGUAACUUCCGGACAA